UCUCUCAUAUAAACCGCCGCUUCUUUCCCCCCACGCCUUCCCCUUCGCAUCUCACACCGCAAAACCCUAGCUUCCGAAGCUCCUCCUCCACCUCCACGCACCGAAAAUGGCGGAAGGACUCGUUUUAAAAGGCACAAUGCGCGCCCACACCGACCAGGUCACCGCGAUCGCCACCCCGAUCGACAACUCCGACAUCAUCGUCUCCGCCUCCCGCGACAAAUCCAUCAUCCUCUGGAAACUCACCAAAGACGACAAAUCCUACGGCGUAGCCCAGAGGCGCCUCACCGGCCACUCCCACUUCGUCGAGGACGUCGUCCUCUCCUCCGACGGGCAGUUCGCGCUCUCCGGAAGCUGGGACGGCGAGCUCCGUCUCUGGGACCUCGCCGCCGGUGUGUCGACUCGACGAUUCGUCGGACACACUAAAGACGUUCUCUCCGUCGCCUUCUCGCUCGACAACCGUCAGAUUGUGUCGGCCUCUCGUGACCGUACGAUUAAGCUUUGGAACACUCUCGGUGAGUGUAAGUACACUAUCGCCGAAGGAGGUGAGGGGCACGGUGACUGGGUGAGCUGCGUUAGGUUCAGUCCCAACACGCUUCAGCCGACGAUUGUGUCGGCGUCGUGGGAUAAGACGGUGAAAGUGUGGAACUUGUCGAACUGUAAGCUUAGGUCGACUCUUGCGGGGCACAGUGGGUAUGUUAGCACUGUUGCUGUUUCGCCUGAUGGUUCUUUGUGUGCUAGUGGAGGGAAAGACGGUGUGGUGUUGCUGUGGGAUUUGGCUGAGGGGAAGAAGCUUUACUCUCUUGAAGCGAACUCUGUGAUCCACGCGCUUUGUUUUAGUCCUAAUAGGUACUGGCUUUGUGCUGCGACUGAGCAGGGGAUUAAGAUUUGGGAUCUUGAGAGUAAGAGUGUUGUUGAGGAUUUGAAGGUUGAUCUUAAGGCUGAGGCUGAGAAGUCUGAUGGAAGUGGUACUGCUGGCAACAAAAAGAAGGUUAUUUACUGCACCAGCCUGAGCUGGAAUGCGGAUGGAAGCACCUUGUUCAGUGGUUAUACCGAUGGAGUUAUCAGAGUUUGGGGUAUUGGCCGCUACUAGUGAUCACAUCUCUUUGGCUGUUUUAUCUAUCACUUUUGUUUUUUUCAGCAAACUCGUAAACACCCAGAGAUUUUGCAAGAAUAUUUUUUUUAUGUCAAUCAAUUCUAGGUUUGGAUCUUUUAUAUUGUUUGUGAUAUCUUUGCGGUUUUAAGUUAUUCCAUUUUUGUUGACCAAAAA